CCCAAACCAAACCAACCCAGGCAGUCCACGCGCUAGUGUGAAACCGCCACCGCCAACCCAAACCAAACAAAGCCGCGCCGCCGAUCUCGCCAUGGCGCAGCAGCAGCCGCGGCGAGUUCUCCGCGUGGCGCCGCCGGGGCGAGGAGGGGCGCGCGCGGAGGCGGAGCGGGGGGAGGAGGGGGAGGCGGUGUUCGCGACGGUGCAGGCGGCGGUGGACGCGGUGCCGGUGGGGAACAGGGUGCGGACGGUGAUCCGCCUCGCGCCGGGGACGUACAGGGAGCCCGUCUACGUCGCCAAGGCCAAGAACCUCGUCACCCUCUCCGGCGAGGCCGGCUCGCCCGAGGCCACCGUCAUCACCUGGGACAACACCGCCACCCGCAUCAAGCACUCCCAGUCGUCCAGGGUUAUUGGGACAGGAACGUUUGGAUGCGGAACAAUUAUUGUGGAGGGGGAGGAUUUCAUCGCAGAGAAUAUCACAUUUGAGAACUCAGCUCCUCAGGGGUCUGGGCAGGCAGUUGCUCUCCGAGUAACAGCAGAUAGGUGUGCCUUCUACAAUUGCAGGUUCCUUGGUUGGCAAGACACAUUAUAUUUACAUUAUGGAAAACAAUACUUAAGGGACUGUUACAUCGAAGGUAACUGUGACUUCAUCUUCGGCAACUCUAUUGCCCUGUUGGAACAUUGCCAUAUUCAUUGCAAAUCAGCGGGUUACAUUACUGCUCACAGCCGGAAAUCCUCAUCAGAAACUACUGGUUAUGUGUUCUUGAGGUGUAUUAUUACUGGAAAUGGAGAAGCUGGAUAUAUGUUCCUGGGUCGGCCUUGGGGACCGUUUGGAAGGGUUGUCUUUGCGCACACUUUUAUGGAUCGUUGUAUUAAGCCUGCUGGGUGGCAUAAUUGGGACAGAUCUGAGAAUGAACGAACUGCUUGCUUCUUUGAGUACAGGUGCUCAGGGCCAGGUUUCCGCCCAUCAAACCGAGUGGCUUGGUGUAGACAAUUGCUUGAUGUUGAAGUGGAGAAUUUCCUUUCUCACUCUUUCAUUGAUCCAGACCUUGAUAGGCCUUGGCUCAUCCAGAUGAUGGCAAUAAAAGUACCAGUCUCAGCAUAGUCUAAUCCCAGGAUUGUAGUUCAUCCCUCCUCCCUAGUCUAUCUUAUAAAUAAUUUUGGAGGGUGUAUUAUAAGUGUAACAUUUGGUCAACUUGUGCCCACGCAAUUGUAUUGAGGAGAGAUAUUUGUUGUUUUCCAUGAGCCUUGUCCCUUGAGGACUAUAAAGGAAUACGAAAUUAAAUUAUUUGCUCUUUCAUUGA